CACAGCCCGACCGACCUUCUUCUAUGCUCUCCACUGAUGGGCGCAGGACGUGCUGAUGAAUGUGGCCUGCGACUGAACAGGAACAUCAACAAGUGUGGCUGCUGUCAUCUCUUUUAAAAAACGAAAGCAGCCUCUUGGAUUCUACCUGGAAUACUCUCAAUGCAGCUCAUGUGAAACUGGGCUCUACUGAAGCCCUUUGGAAACAGCAGGACAUGAAAAGUAUACUUCACCGACGGAUCUGAUGGAUUAACUACAGAUAAAACCUUGACAGCUUGUAAGGAAGUUAAAACGGUCUUGUCUUGUGGUUUUCAAGCCACAACGAUAGAACAACAUGACACAAGGUUUAACCAUGACUGCUCUUUCAUGACAGGACCAGCAGGAGCACACUGCUGAAGAUGUCCAACCGUAUGGGUCAUGAUCGGCCCAGAAAUCCCUUGCUCUCAGCUGUCUCGGCUCUCUUGUGUGCCUUGCACUUUGGAAUAUUGUUCAGAAGUGCACUUGUGACCGCUUGUCCCAAGAGCUGCCACUGCAUUGAGAAGAACAGCCUUGCCGUGCUGCAGUGCAUGUCGCGCAACCUGGAGAACAUCCCAGCUGACCUGCCGCGUGACACUGUAGUCCUGCUGCUGGCCUCAAAUAGGAUUACCAAGAUCCCCAAACAGGCCUUUAAGGACCUCAACAGACUACAGGAACUGGAUCUGUCCAACAACGCCAUUGAGACGGUGGACGCUGGGGCCUUCCAGGGUGUCUCCGACGUCCUUCGGGUCCUGGACCUGUCCAACAACCGCAUAAGCAGCGUGCCCAAAGAGGCAUUCGCCAAACUUCAGGCCAAAAUCAGCCUCUCCAACAAUCCCUGGCACUGCGAGUGCAGCUUGCAGGAGGUCCUGAGGGAGCUGAGACUGGACCCAGAGACGGUCAACGAGGUGAGCUGUCACACGGCUGUGGAGGAGGAGUACACCGGCAAACCCGUUAUCCAGGUCCUGGACUCGGGCAUCAACUUCUGCAACUUCCACCACAAGACCACUGAUGUGGCCAUGUUCGUCACUGUGUUCGGCUGGUUCACCAUGGUGAUAGCCUACGUGAUCUACUACGUGCGGAAGAACCAGGAGGAUGCCAGGAGGCACAUGGAGUACCUCAAGUCCCUGCCCAGCAGCUCGCAGAUCAGCAAAGACUUUGACACGAUCAGCACGGUUCUCUAGCAGGCCCGCUGUGGCACACAUUUGAGAGAGUGUGUGAGUGAGUGAGUGAGUGAGUGGUGGUGAGUGAGUGAGUGAGUGAGUGAGUGAGUGAGUGAGUGAGUGAGUGAGUGAGUGAGUGAGUGAGUGAGUGAGUGAUAGGGAGAAUGGUGUUCUUGAUUUUUGAGCUGGGAUUUAUUUUAGGUGGCCUUAGGAGACGAUAGAUCUGGACUUCAUCUGGACCUUUAGUAUUUAUAAUUGCUCUCUGUCUUUCUGUAUGGACACAGAUAACUAUCUUAAUUUGACCAGUUUCUCACAGCAGGAAAAUAAUCUUUCCGCAACAGGAAAUGUGAAUUAUUUUGUGGAUUAUAAUGAGAAUUUUUUGUAGGGGUUGAUACGUUUUUCGUCAUGGCAAACCAAGUCUGACAUUUUAAAGUGGAAAUUCCAAACUUUAGAAGCCUUUUUAAACCUCAAAUACACUAAAAGUUGCAUUUACUGCGGCACAGGAACAUUUUGUGUGACAACAGAGUGAUCAAAUUAAGAAAAAGGACAUACAA